AUGGCUCUUCUCUGCUUUUCUUCUUCCUCCUUUGACUUCAAAGUCUUCAUUUUGCUCUCUUUCUUCUUCUUUCUCUGCAAUGGCUCCUCCUACUCUUCUCCUUCUUCUUCUCUUUUCAACACUCACCACCAUCGUCACCAUAUCGCCAAGCACAACUACAAAGACGCUCUCACCAAAUCUAUUCUCUUCUUCGAAGGCCAGAGGUCUGGCAAGCUUCCUCCCAACCAGCGAAUGACUUGGAGAAGAAACUCUGGUCUCUCUGAUGGCUCUGCUCUCCAUGUGGACUUGGUUGGAGGAUACUAUGAUGCAGGAGACAAUAUCAAGUUCGGUUUCCCAAUGGCGUUCACAACAACAAUGCUCUCAUGGAGUGUAAUUGAGUUCGGUGGUCUCAUGAAAUCUGAGUUACCAAACGCUAAAGCAGCUAUUCGUUGGGCAACAGACUAUCUCCUCAAAGCUACUGCACGUCCUGACACUAUUUACGUCCAAGUUGGUGAUGCAAACAAAGACCAUUCUUGUUGGGAAAGACCAGAAGACAUGGAUACACAAAGAAGUGUUUUUGCAUUUGCUGACAAAUACAGAGGAACUUACAGUGCAGGAUUGAAACCAGAAGUUUGUCCAUUUUAUUGCUCUUACUCUGGUUAUCAGGAUGAGUUGUUGUGGGGAGCUGCCUGGUUACAAAAAGCUACGAAGAAUGUAAAAUAUUUGAACUACAUAAAGAUGAAUGGACAAGUCCUUGGAGCUGCUGAAUAUGACAACACUUUUGGUUGGGAUAACAAGCAUGCUGGAGCCAGAAUUCUUCUUACAAAAGCUUUUCUGGUUCAGAAAAUGAAGACGCUAAGUGAAUACAAAGGUCAUGCUGAUAAUUUCAUAUGCUCUGUUAUUCCUGGUGCUCCUUUCUCUUCUUCUCAAUACACUCCAGGUGGAUUAUUAUUUAAAAUGGCAGACGCCAACAUGCAAUACGUAACGUCAACAUCGUUCUUGCUCUUAACCUACGCCAAAUACUUAACCUCCGCAAGAACCGUCGUCCACUGCGGUGGCUCAGUCUACACUCCCGGUCGCCUCCGCUCAAUCGCCAAAAAGCAGGUGGAUUAUCUACUUGGAGACAACCCAUUGAGGAUGUCUUACAUGGUUGGUUACGGUCCAAAAUUCCCACAGAGAAUCCACCACCGUGGCUCCUCUUUACCUUGCGUUGCAAGCCACCCGGCCAAGAUUCAAUGCCACGAAGGCUUCUCCAUCUUGAACUCUCAGUCUCCAAACCCUAAUAUCCUGGUCGGUGCAGUCGUUGGCGGUCCUGACCAGCACGAUCGCUUCCCAGACGAACGGACUGACUACGAGCAGUCCGAGCCAGCUACUUACAUCAAUGCACCACUCGUUGGAGCUCUUGCCUACUUCGCUCAUUCCUAUGGUCAACUCUAGUUGUGACCUACGGCUUCAGUCUAGUAGUGAGUGUAUUAGUUAAGCAAAAAAUAAACGUUAAGGAAGUUAUCUAUGUUUUUAUGUUUGAUCGAAAAUCUGAUCACAAGAGGACAUUGGUCCAAGGGAUGUCUUUAUUCGGUUCGUUAUUAAAUAACGUCAAGUGUAAUCUUAUCGUGGUUAUUAAUGUUAUCGUCCUUCAAUUAUUCUAUCCAUGUUAGUAUUUUGUAUGUUUGUGUGAUAAUUUUACUAUAUCCAGC